GGUGCUCGUCCGCCACCUCCGGGGCCCGCCGCUCUGGCGCCAGGGCAACAACCAGCCGCCGUUUACCAUCGCCGCGGCGCGCCACACGCUCUUCGUGCACCCGUCCUGGAACGUGCGGCCCGGCGACGCGCGCGCGGAGCAGAUGGUCGCGGGCCGGCAGACGCGCUACUCGCGGCGCCACCCGAAGGCGGGCGCCGACGAGUGCGCGGACAUGGUCCACAACCCGGCGCGCAUCCUCCACGCCCACUUCAAGCCCUGCGACGCCCUGCCGAACCGCCUCUGCCCGUCCCCGAAGACGGAGGCGACCGCGCGCGAGCGCGAGGACGCGACGAAGGCGCUCAAGAACGCGUGCGUCGCCGUCAACGCGGCCGACGCCAAGGACAAGCGGCCCAAGGCGCCCUGCUCCUGCAAGGGCAAGCUGUUCCACGCCAUGGUCGCGGCGAUAUUCGUCCUCGGCGUCAUCGCCGUGGUGGCCUCCUCGGCGGCGGGCUUCCUCCAGACGCAAUACCACGCUACCGACCCCUCGGCCCACAACGCGGUCGUGGAGUUCGCGCCCGGCAGCUCCUUCUACCUGGCCGUUACGGCGACGGAGAAUGCGACGGAGAAUACGUCGACGCUCCUCGUCUACGACGGCGCGGCCGUCGUCGCCGGCGCGUCGUCCGGCACGCCCUUCCUCUUCGAAUUCGCCACGGCCUGCGUCCUCUCCUUCUCCCCCAAAGCGCGGCGGUCCUCAUCGCUGGCUCUGACGGCCGCCGUCCUCGGCGCGUCCUGC